AUGCCGCGACGAAAGUCUGCUCGCUCUCAAUUUACCGCUGAAGAGGAAGGACACGUUUCCCGGAUAUUCCAGUGGGACUUGGCAGUCAAGCAGCACACUUACUGCCACGCCCAGGCAGGCGUGACGAGUGAAGAAAACGCACAAGCGCACGCUGAGGGUAAACGGCUAUUGCAGCAGACAGAGCCCUAUAAACUCUGGGCGAACGGGGGGAACCACGUAUACCAUAUGUCAGAGCUCCCGCCAGAGUACUUCGAAGUUGCCGAUUUUGCAGCAACAGUACCGGCGACGCCGACUCAGAAUCCGGCCGAACGCUGGAUGCUUGUCAUCGUGCUGUUAUAUGCCAUACAGGCCUACGGGAAAGCUAUUGAUGACCGUUUUUUGCGUCUCACGCAUGAAGCCGGCGACCGCAGCCGGGAUCUCUUAAUCAAGCGGGGGAUGUGGGACACCACCCGAUUCUUUAACCGCCCUUCGGGAGCCGGUGCGUCGGCUCAACCAACUUCGAAAGUGGGGCCACACCUGCUGCUGCGCCGCGUCCGCCUCACGGACGACCAAACAUAUGAAGUGGCCGACUACAUUCAUAGCGCCAUGAAUGGCGCAAGCUACGUCCUCCACCCUCGCACUGAGGGACGCGACUUGUUACUGGACGAGGCAAGCUUCGAAGAGCAGCUUGUGGAAAUCCUGCCUCAAGUCUACUAG